CUCUUCUCCGCCUUUGUCGGCCACUCCGCUAACUGAAAAUUCUUCGUCUUCUUUCCGUGGUGAAUUCCAAUGGAUAAACCCGUCUCAGAUGCUGCAAAUGAUGCAAUAGUUAGUGGUUAUAAUAACACCGGAGAAGUGGAUACUUAUAACCAUUGUGUUGAUGAAAUUUCCCAGAAGGUUGAGCGGAUUGAGCAAAAAAUGGAUGAGAUAGAACAGUGCACCGCUUCUACUAGUAAGAAGCAGGUAAAGGCGUCUAAAGGCAGCUCGAGUGUGAAGGAUAAACAUAUCCCGGGUCUUAAGAAGCAUCUUCAAGAAGCAUCAAGAAUGGAAGCUGCUGCUGCAAAGAGAAUGCAAGACCUUAUGCGCCAAUUCGGCACUAUAUUAAAUCAGGUUACACGACAUAAGUUUGCAUGGCCCUUUAUGCAGCCUGUGGAUGUAGAAGGUCUAGGUUUGGAUGACUACUUUGAGGUAAUUGACAAGCCUAUGGAUUUCAGUACAAUAAAAAAUCAAAUGGAGGCUAGGGAUGGCACUGGAUAUAAAAAUGUUCGACAAAUAUGUGCUGAUGUGAGGUUGGUUUUCAAAAAUGCAAUGAAAUAUAAUGAUGAGAAAAGCGAUGUUUAUGAUAUGGCCAAAACGUUGCUGAAAAAGUUUGACGAGAAGUGGCUACAGUUGCUGCCUAAGGUGUUGGAAGAGGAAAAAAGACGAGAAGCAGAGGUGGCAGAGAUAAAGUUGAUGGAGCAACUUGCUCACGAGGCUGCGUAUGCCAAAGUGGCUAGAGAUGUGAGCAAUGAGCUGAAUGAGAUUGAUGCACAUUUGGAGGAACUUCGAGAAAUGGUUGUUCUGAAGUGCAGAAAAUUUUCAGUAGAAGAUAAGAGAAGGAUUGGGGCAGCUCUCGCCAGAAUGUCUCCUGAAAAUCUUACUAGGGCGUUGGAGAUUGUUGCUGAAGCUGAUCCCACGUUCCAGCCUGCUGCUGAAGUGGUGAACCUCGACAUUGAUGCUCAGUCUGAAUCUACCUUGUGGAGACUUAAAUUUUUUGUUAAUGAUAAUCUGGAAGGUGAAGGCGAUGGUUCUGGUUUAGCAAGCGUGGACGAUGAUGACAAUAAUCGCGAGGAAGAUCCUAGCAAUGAUAACAAUACUAACAACAUUGACAACAGCAACAAGAACAAUAACUAUAAGCGAAAAAGGGAGAUCUCAGAUGCUAUUGCCAAAGCUGCCAAGAAAAAGAGGCAAAAACCCAAUUCUUGAUUGCACUCUGCUAGCUAACAAGGACAGCAGUUUAUGUCGCAAAUUCGGUUUAAGUUUACCCCGUUGCCUCAUUAGACGUGAUUCUCAGAAUCGGAAAACAUGCCUGGAAAGUUCUUCUCAGUGGAAAACUGUCGGCAAUCUGAUCUCCGCAUUCUUGAUCUCUAAUGGAACUUGCUGUGUGGAGUCGAUAGUCGGUCUUACUCUUUCUUUCAAGUCUAACACAAAAUAUAGAUAACAUCUAGAGUCAGUAGUGAGUCUUACUCUUGGUUGUUCUCACUUUUUGUUCAAGAAAAUUUUCUCCUAGAUGGCCAUACCUAAAUGUUCUCUAACAUACUGUUGUUGUAAUUGGAAGUUCACUUGUCUUUUGAAGUACUAGUCUUUAGUCUUAGCUCCUACUUCACAUG